AUGGAAGGAAAUGAUGAGAAGCAGAAGCAGACCCGAGAGCCUCAAGAUGAAGCCCCUGGACCCUGGGAUGAAACGUGGGGAACGCGGACAUGCGGGGAAGCUACGGUAGGGGGAGCGGGGUGGCGGGGUCAUGUUCACUCGGCAAAACAGGACGCGAAGGAAAUAGGAAGCUCAAAGCUGCUGGCUGUGCCCUCGCCUGGAACACAAUCGCCAGCAGAUGUGGGUGCCCACCUUCUCCCUUUGCGCCUCUCCCCCCAAGCCAGCAACAUGAGCGCCUCUGGUAACUGUCUCGCCGGCUACAGAGCUGUCGCCUGGUGUUCCCCGCGCUCUGUCCGCCUGAAGCUCUCCUCUUCGACCUUUGCCAGGUGGUCAACACCAGUGAUUCAGCGCGAAUACCACUCGCGAUCCAAGCAGCCAUCUACAACUACGCGGACCCUGACCCGCGUGCCCCCGCUGUACCUGCAGCCGCAUGUCUCGCAGGUAACCGCUGUUGCGCGCUAUGCAACCCAUGCCUCGGAUCCGCACGAAGAGGAGUUACCCACCACGCCGCCUUUCAGCGCUGGGCCCUACUCGAACUUGACCAUUGGCGUCCCAAAGGAGAGCUAUCCCGGCGAACGCCGUGUAGCCAUAACACCCCAAAAUGUGGCACUUCUGCUCAAAAAGGGCUUCUCGCGCAUCUUGAUUGAACGAGGAGCAGGUCUUGAGGCCCAGUUCACCGAUGAGGCUUAUGAACAGGCGGGUGCCAAAACCGUGGACCGCAGGAACGUCUUCUCUGAAAGUGACAUCCUGCUCAAGGUUCGAGCACUCAGCAUUGAUGGGGAAGAGAGUGAAGUGGAUGCUAUGCGUGAAGGUGCUACUGUUAUUUCGAUGCUAUAUCCCAUGCAGAACAGGCCAGUUGUGGAGCGCAUUGCUUCGAGAAAGGCCACUAGCUUUGCCAUGGACAUGGUGCCUCGUAUCUCACGCGCUCAGGUCUUUGAUGCAUUGAGUUCAAUGGCCAACAUUGCUGGAUACAAGGCCGUUUUGGAGGCUUCGAAUCACUUCGGCCGUUUUCUGACUGGCCAAGUCACUGCAGCUGGAAAGAUCCCACCAUGUAAAGUCUUGGUGAUCGGAGCCGGUGUCGCAGGGCUGAGUGCCAUUGCUACCGCUCGUCGGAUGGGUGCUAUCGUUCGUGGGUUCGACACUCGCUCAGCAGCGCGUGAGCAGGUGCAAUCUCUUGGUGCUGAAUUCAUCGAAGUCGACAUCAAAGAAGACGGAUCUGGCGCUGGUGGCUACGCAAAAGUCAUGUCUAAAGAGUUCAUCGAAGCUGAAAUGAAGCUUUUCCACGAACAGUGUCGAGAAGUCGACAUCGUCAUCACCACAGCUCUCAUUCCGGGUAAACCUGCGCCAAAACUCAUCACGAAGGCUAUGCUCGGUGCCAUGAAGCCUGGUUCGGUCGUCGUGGACCUUGCAGCUGAAGCUGGUGGUAACUGCGAAGCCACCGUUCCAGGACAAUUGGCCAAGUACAAUGGUGUUACAGUCAUUGGAUACACUGAUCUACCAUCUCGCUUGCCGACUCAAUCAUCGACUCUCUACUCAAACAACGUCACGAAAUUCUUGCUCUCAUUGGUACCCAAAGACAAGCGUGAGAAAUACUACGAUGUUGACCUUACAGAUGAAGUCACUCGCGGAGCGAUUGUUACAUACAACGGCAAGAUUCUUCCAGUUGCACCACGGCCUGCACCUCCACCAGCCCAAGCUAAGCCAGCCCCCUCUCCAGAGGACCAAGCGGCCAACGUUGUUGCACUCACUCCCUGGCAAUCUCAGGCUCGUCAAGUUGCUGGUGUGACAGCUGGUAUGACUGGUGUCCUUGCUCUAGGAAAGGUUACCGGGCCUCUUUUCAUGUCAAAUGCUUUCACAUUUGCACUGGCGAGUUUAAUCGGAUACAGAGUCGUCUGGGGAGUGGCACCAGCUCUUCACUCUCCACUCAUGAGUGUUACUAACGCCAUAUCUGGAAUGAUUGGUGUUGGCGGUCUCUUCGUGAUGGGCGGAGGAUAUUUCCCUGAGACGAUCCCACAGGCUCUCGGCGCUCUUUCUGUCUUGCUUGCCUUUGUCAACGUCUCUGGAGGUUUCGUCAUCUCUAAGCGCAUGUUGGAUAUGUUCAGACGGCCUACCGACCCUCCAGAGUAUCCUUGGCUUUACGCGAUACCGGCUGCGCUCUUCGGUGGUGGCUACAUCGCAGCCGCUUCGACCGGCAUGGCUGGCUUGGUUCAAGCUGGCUACCUGGUCAGUAGCAUACUUUGUAUGACUUCGCUUUCUGGUCUUGCGUCCCAGCAUACUGCGCGACGCGGUAACAUCCUUGGUAUACUCGGUGUAUUCUCUGGUUUUCUCGCCUCUUUGGCUGCUGUUGGCUUCGCACCAGACGUCCUUACUCAGUUCGCUGGAGUAGCAUCUGUCGGUAUCGUGGCCGGCCUGAUGAUCGGACGUAGGAUUACACCCACGUCGCUCCCGCAGACUGUAGCAGCUCUCCACUCCGUGGUUGGUCUUGCGGCUGUCCUCACAAGUAUCGGCAGCGUUCUGGGCCACGCCGACGUCGAGAUGUCUACAGUCCAUAUGGUCUCCGCAUACCUUGGUGUUCUUAUCGGCGGGGUGACCUUCACUGGAAGUAUCGUCGCAUUUUUGAAGCUAGCUGCCAAAAUAAGCACAAAGCCUUUGGUACUCCCCGGUCGCCACCUCAUCAACGGCACUCUGCUCGGAGCUAAUAUGGCCACAAUGGGCGCUUUCCUAGCAUAUGCACCUGGAGCACCUUUGAUAGGUGCAGCCUGCCUUUGCGGUAAUGCAGUACUGAGUUUCAUCAAGGGUUAUACCACUACAGCAGCUAUAGGCGGUGCGGACAUGCCGGUUGUCAUCACAGUCCUCAAUGCCUACUCGGGCUGGGCACUUGUUAUGGAGGGCGCCAUGCUGGACAACUCUCUACUGACUUCGAUUGGUGCGCUGAUAGGAGUAUCGGGCUCUAUCCUUUCCUACAUCAUGUGCGUAGCCAUGAAUCGGUCCCUGACGAACGUUCUAUUCGGCGGCAUAGCGCAGGCACCGCAGAGCCAGGCCAAGAUUGAAGGAGAAAUUACAAAAACUACGCCAGAUGAAGUUGCGGACGCUCUAGCCAAUGCCGAAAACGUCAUCAUCGUCGUAGGCUACGGCAUGGCCGUUGCAAAAGCCCAAUACGCGAUCUCCGACUUUGUCAACAUGCUCCGCGCAAAAGGAGUCAACGUGCGUUUCGCCAUCCACCCCGUCGCCGGCCGCAUGCCCGGCCAAUGCAACGUCUUGCUCGCCGAAGCCUCGGUCCCCUACGACAUCGUCCUGGAAAUGGACGAGAUCAACGACGACUUCCCCGACACCGACGUCACGCUCGUCAUUGGCGCAAACGACACGGUCAAUCCGAUUGCGCUGGAGCCCGGCAGUCCGAUUGCAGGCAUGCCUGUGCUGCAUGCGUGGAAGAGCAAGAAUGUGGUGAUUAUGAAGAGGGGCAUGGCGAGUGGGUAUGCCGAUGUGCCGAAUCCUAUGUUUUACAUGGAGGGCACUAAGAUGUUGUUUGGAGAUGCUAAUGAUAGCUGUAAUGCAAUCAAACGCGCGCUUGAGGAGAAGAUCAAGGGAUUGUAG